AUGAGCCCCCCAAAUCCUUUACUACUAUCAUUGAUUACUUGUAAAACAUGCAACAGAACAGUUAAACAUCAUGGUAAAAGCAGAAGCUUUUUAUCUUCACUGAAGAGCAGUCCUACCACUCCUAUGACUAAACUCGGCCUGAAGACACCAGAGAGGAGGACUCCAAGUUCUACAAACCUAAAUCAUAUGUGUGGUUCCAAAGGCAAGAGCCCAGCCUUUGUAUUCAGGACACCGACAUCUGGACAGUCAACACCCACUUGCUCCUCAAAGAGCACGAGCAAAACUAAGAAACACUUAUCUAAAUUAAAAAUGUUGCUUAGUCAGAGUGAAUCCCAAAAGAAUUCAAAAGUAGACUUCAGAAAUUUCUUAUUGUCUUUGUAAAGGAUAGGUUGUGAAAAUAAAUGUUUAAUGCUGCUCUGAAACUAAA